AUGUCAUUCUUCAAGAGCUUCAAAACGGGCUCGACGCAGACAGCCACAACAAGCGCAACGCCCGCGAAGAAAGACCCGAAUGCGCCAGUACCGACUGCGCUCGAGAAGUCCUUGGCGGAUUUCCCCGGGCCUAUACGAUCCGAUGGCAGUGAUAAAUUCUUUGGAUUCGAGAAUUACGGCUCGACCUGCUAUUGCAACUCCAUAAUACAAUGUCUAUACUACUCGGCGCCCUUUCGGGAACGCGUGGUAAACUUCCCAUCGCCCGCCGUCCUCGAUCGACUUCGUCAAGUUGAGCCCAGCGGUCCUACUAUUCGACCACCGACGACACCAUUCACGCCUUAUCCGAACGUCAACUCGCCAGCACGAAAACAAAACCUACCGGCAUCGCCUGGCCAGAGGCCGGAGGAUAGCAAAGAUCAUCCUGAUAAUCGAAAGAAGCUCGCGUUGGCAAACGGGCCAGUGUUGGAUUUACAAACGCCCAGAUCGGCUGAAUACUGGAUGGAAGAGACGCUUUUCACAGCGCUGAGAGACUUGUUUGAAGCGAUCAUUGGGAACAAGUCACGAUCGGGCGUGGCCGUUCCACAUAGAUUUCUGGACAUCUUAAGGAACAAUAAUGAGGUCUUCCGAUCACAAGCGCACCAAGACGCGCACGAGUUCUUGAACCUGCUACUGAAUGAUGUGGUGGACAACGUGGAACUGUUCUCGAAACAGCAUCCUCUAGCGCCGCUAGCAAUCGAGGCACCGCCGGAUUCCACUGAUAUGGUCACUUUUGCAGAAGGAACAAAGGCGGCUGCGCCAGCUGUCUUGGACACGAAUUGGGUGCACGAUAUCUUUGAAGGCCUGCUGACCUCUGAGACUCGCUGCUUGACCUGUGAGACCACAUCCCAACGGGAUGAAUCCUUCUUAGAUCUUUCUGUGGAUUUGGAAGCACAUUCGUCUGUCACAUCUUGUUUGCGCAAGUUCUCAGAGGAGGAAAUGCUGUGCGAGCGCAACAAGUUCCAUUGCGACACCUGCGGUGGUCUGCAAGAGGCCGAGAAGAGGAUGAAGAUCAAGCGCUUACCUCGCAUUCUUGCUCUGCAUCUCAAACGUUUCAAAUGGACCGAGGACAUGCAGAGGCUGCAGAAGCUCUUCCAUCGCGUGGUUUAUCCCUUUUACCUGCGCAUGUUCAACACGACGGAGGACACCGAAGAUCCAGACCGACUAUACGAGCUCUACGCUGUGGUAGUUCACAUAGGAGGUGGUCCAUAUCAUGGACAUUACGUGAGCGUGAUCAAAACACCUGAACGCGGCUGGAUGCUGUUUGACGAUGAGCUGGUGGAACCUGUGAGCAAAGAAUACGUUACGCACUUUUUUGGUGGUGAGCCCGUUCCUGGCGUACAGGAUGCCAAGCAGCUUUCGUGCGCCUAUGUGCUGUUCUACCAAGAGACAACACUCGAGAAUAUGCUGAGGGAACAGGAUGCGGAAGCGAAGCAAGCCAAAAUGGCAAAGAACACGGYGCCGGUGAAUACAACCGAUGCCGAUGGUGCUAAAGACGUCAUGUCGCAAGGUGUGAGGAAUGGCAACGGACUCCACCAUAUUCACACCACGGCAACCCCCAGUGCACCGGAAAUGGAGCACAUGAGCCCGCUUGCGCACGCUGCGACUACACCACUACAACUUAAAACGCCGCUCGAGCGGACGUUCACUUCGCCGAACGGCGUCUCGAAAUCGAAAAAGGAGUUGAAGCAGGAAGAAAAGGAGCGAAAGGCGGCCGAAAAGGUGGCAGAGAAGGAGAGAGAAGAGAAACGCAGAGCCGCAAACGCCAAACGAAUGGAAGACUUCCGCAAAGCAGACGAGGAAAUGAGAAGGGUGUUGGAAGAAAGCAAAGCUACCGCUGCUGAGGAGGCUGGUGUCCGAGGCGAGCCAGUCAAGCAACAAAGCAGUGGUCUUGGACUUUCGCGAUUCCGCAAUGGCAGUAUCAGUCUACGAGGGAAGUCGAAGUUCCUGGGAGGUGGAAAAGACAAGGAGAAGCUGCCACCGGUGCCGCAAAGAAACGGGAUGGGUAAUGGGCACUUGUCGUCGCAUAGCACAACGGGGAUGGAAACGAUGUUAUCAACACAGCCUAACGGCGCGUUGAGGGGUGAGGCUGCUGAUAUGGCGACCGCUUUACCGCCCCUACCGCCUUCGAGGACAAAUACACCUGCUCAGGAGGAGGGCAAGGUAAAGAAGAAUCGCUUCAGUCUGGGAAGGAAAAAGUCCACUGUUCUUUGA